GUGUGUGAAGGCCGUGUGGUAUUAAUGGAGAUCGUGAAAUUCCGGAGGAAAACGAUCUUUUUAACUACUGGAAUAUGCUGGGCUAGUUACAGAUGCCUAGACAGUGCAUCCCAGAGAAACCACCCGGAUCCAUGUUUUGGAUAACAGUGUGGAGCUGGAUGAACACAGCAGGCCAGGCAGCAUCAGAAGACCAGGAAAGUUGACGUUUCGGGUCGGGACCCUUAAGAAAUUUAAUUAAAUACUUGUUCACUGGGGUAAUUCUCAGCAGACUGACUUGUACAAGGGUUUUCUGGGUGGUUACAAAUAAAUAUAAUUCAGCUGGUCUUGUUUAACUGGAAAGAAAGUCCUAUUGUAAACAAUCGAGCUAAGGAAUGCUUGCCAGUAUCAAAGAUGGCGAUCCCCUACUGUUUCGCGGAUUUCAACCCGGAUAUUAUUGCUGGGAUCGGAGGGCAACUUCCAGUGACGACGAUUGGAGGGCGACUGGGUUCAGAGUUUGCGCCGGCGAUUUAAAGCCGGAAAGUGCGCAGUAGACUCGACAUACAUUUGUCUAGUGACCUUUACUGUAAGAUAGCUGAAAGUUUUUCAAAAAAAAUUACAAAUAAUUAUUUCAAAGUCUAGUCACUGUUAUGCAGUGAUUAUUGGACACACAGGAAGAUCCCAGAAAGAUCAAAGUGUAGAUGCAAGCAUCUGCUCUCUCAAACCCUUUCACAAACUUUCAAACCGGAGAAAUACAAAUCGAUGAUAUUUCCAUAAAGAGGAAAGAUGGGCAAUCCAAAGUCAGGCGUUUUUUGACGGAGAAAAUACAUGUUAAAAUAAAAUUGAAAAAGGAGGCUAAUGUCAAAUGUAAAACAACACAAUCAAACAAUGGGAAACUUGAAAAAAGAAAUAAUAACAAAGAUCAUGGGAAAAGGUUAGCAGUUAAUAUGAAAUAUGACAUUUGUGGUGAGAAAGCUACUAGAAACUAUUAUCAAGCAUAAAAUUAAUUCUGAUUUGAAGCUUGGUCAAAUUUGUUGGUGAGCGUGGUGAUGGCACUAUCAGUGGGACAUCAAAUGAUCCAACAGGCAGAAACAUGAUAGAUGCACAUUAAUGUAAACAAGCAUGAAGAGAUGCAUUUUGGGAAGAAUAACAGAACUCUCUAUAAUCUCAAAAUCUAUCUUUCAAGGUAGAAAAAAAUGUAAGAACAGAGGGACCCCUGUGUGUGGAUCUUUGUAGAUUCCAGGUCAAACUAAUAAAAUGUGGAAAUUGGGUUAAUUUCCUUUUCCAUUUAAUAGGGAUAGUGUGUGCAGAAGCUCAAAACUAGUAAAACUAAACUUUUACUAAUCUCUGCUUAGGCCUUAACUGCAGUAUUUUCUAUAGUUCUGGAUCCCACACCAGGAAAUUUAUUAGUGACUUAGAGUACAAAGAAGGCUUACCAAAUGAUGCCAGGAAUGAAAGAUUUCAGUUGCAUAGAGAAAUUGAGAAACUGUUUUCUUCAAUAUUGUGGAGGGUGAUGUUGUUUGGGAAGAGUUGAUAGAAGGAGUUCAUGUGAGACUGAGGCUUGGAAAGUGUGGAGUUGGUAUGAAUCACUACUGUUCUUGGGAAGGAGAUGUCUCACACUUUAAAUCAUGUUUAAUUUUGCUGAUAAUGUAAUUCUGUUUUUAGAUCCUGAUUGUGUUGUCAGUGUUUUACUGUAUCCAACAUUUUCUGCUGUGACUUUGUUCUGGGAUAUUCCUAUCAACAUUCUGUAAUCCAAUCUGUGAUAAUGAGGUGAUAGCAGUUACUUGCUGUCAGUGUGCAGGGGAUCAAUGCUGUGAUCUGGAUUGGAGACCUACACCAGGAACAUCAUGGCAUCUGACCUCCAGUCGGUUGUGCACUUUGCCCUUUGUUCUAGAAUCCUGUCCAUUCUUUUCCAGAUGGCGUUUAAUUAUGUGAUACCUGACCACAGAGCAGAUGCGUUUCGAGCCCCCCAACUGCACAAUUUGAGCAUCAGCGACGAGGUGCUGGAGAUCCUGUUAAGUGGCUUUUCUCGCUGGGAUGCACAGCACUUCCUCUUUAUAGCUGAAUUUGGAUACAUUUAUGAGCAUAACUUUGCCUUUCUGCCAUUGUUUCCGGUGUGCCUUCGGGUAGUGGCAGACACAGUGCUCAGCCCCCUACGAUGCUUUCUUAAUCUCCACAGUCGACUGCUGCUUGCAGCAGUGUUGCUGAAUGCUGUGAUCUUUGUUCUGUCAGCUGUCGUUUUGUACCAUCUGGGUGUUGUUGUGCUCCGUAAUCGCAGGUUGGCCUUUCUCUCCAGCCUUCUCUUCUGCCUGACCCCAGCCAAUGUCUUCAUGUCUGCAGCUUAUUCUGAAAGUAUGUUUGCAUUACUAGCCUUUGGUGGAAUGCUGAAUCUGGAGAAAGGUUGGCCUGUGACCAGUUGCAUUCUGUUUUCUCUGUCUGCAGCAGCACGCUCCAACGGCAUUGUAAAUGCAGGAUUUCUGCUUUACUCCCAGCUGAGGGUUUGCUGUUUGCAAGUGAGACACAAGACAAUUGUUAUGGAAAAGGACUCGUACAGAUCAUGGUUGAAUGUGAUCCUUCGAUCUGUGCUGUUAGUGGCUGCAGGAAUGGUGGUGAUUGUGCUGCCCUUUGUACUUCUCCAGUAUUAUGGAUACCUGACAUUCUGUAAGUCAACUGUGAAUCCGGCACUGGACAUUCCUCAGCCUCUGCUGCAGCUAGCUGGCAACAAGGGUUAUCGUGUCCCUGAUAAGGAAGCUGAUCCACCUGUCUGGUGCCAUCGCCAAUAUCCCAUCAUAUACUCUUACAUUCAGGACACAUACUGGAAUGUGGGCUUCCUAAGAUAUUAUCAACUCCGCCAAUUGCCCAACUUCCUGCUGGCUUUUCCUGUUGUGACUUUGGGAAUGUGGGCAGCCUGGCAAUAUGUGAUCAUUGAUCCCUGGUAUUGUGUACAGUUGGGCCUGACUCGCAGAAAGCUGUUGGAAAAGAUUGAAAAGGAUAGCAAACUACACUCCAGCUUCCAUACAGACCGAGUGUUUGUCUACAUCGUCCAUGCAACUCUACUGCUGGUAUUUGGCAUUUGUUUCAUGCACGUUCAGGUUCUAACUAGAUUCCUAGCCUCCUCCUCACCCAUCUUGUACUGGUUCUCUGCUCAUCUGCUCCAGAAAGUGGAGCCUGGACAUUUGGCUCAGGAUUCUGCUACCUCAGUUUACUGCAACAAGUUUGGGAUCUUGCCCAGAAACCAGCUCACUACUUUGCUGCAGGACUGGAGUGGCUACAGUCUAACUGCCCGCUGCACGCUUGGAUAUUUUUUGCUGUACUGGUUACUUGGACUUGUCCUACAUUGUAACUUUCUUCCAUGGACUUGAUCACUGGGGAAGCUGCCUCAGCGCUGCCUGUUUCAUCACACCUGUUGAUCUGCUGUAUUUAUAGAAUAGAUCCUCCUCAUUCUCUUCAAUGUAAUCCACACCUUCCUGGCCUGGGGUGUGCUGUUGUGAGGACUGAGAUCUGGGCCAAUAAAAGAAUAUUAGAAAUUGUAUCAGGAGUGGGUUAAGUGGUCCCUUGAGCCUGCUUUGCCGUACUUUGAGAUAAUCCAUCACCCUAGCUCCACUCUCAUAUAAAAUUCUUGUGUCUUUAGAUUCACUUGCAAUCCUCCUCCAGUAAGUGGACCAUAUGGGUAUGCAGUAUUCCAGCUGCGGUUUCACUAAUACCUUUUGAGUUGCAGCAACAGUUCCCUCCUUUUAUACUCUAAUCCUUUAGCAAUAAAAGCCAGAAUUCAAUUUGCCUUUUGUACCUGAACACUGGUUUCAUGCACAAGGACACCAGGUCUGUCUGGACUGAAGCACUGUGAAGUUUAUCUGUAUUUAGAUAAUUUGCUUUUCUACUUUUCCUAACAACAUGGUUUACCUCACGCUUAUCCAUGUUAAACUUCAUUAGCCAAAUUUUGACCGACUCAUCUAACUUACCUGUAUUCACUUGUAAAUUUCUUAUUUCUUCAGUGCAUUUUUUAUUUUCCCACCUAUUUCAGUGUCUUCUGAAAAUUUACUGUAAUACCUAUCAUAUCCCUGCAUCCAAGUCACUAAUAUAAAUUGCAAAUAGUUGCGGCCUGAGGACCAUUUGCUGUGGCACCCACUAGUUACAUGUUGCUAAUCAGAAAAAGACUCCUUUAUCCUGAGUCUGCUUUCUCCUAGUUAGCUAGUCCUCUAUCCAGGCGAAUAAAUUACCCUCGACUUAUUGUGAUCUUAUAUUGUGUGGCAUGUUAUUGAAUGCCUUCCAGAAGCCCAAAUAUACUAUAUCUACAGGAUCCCCGUUAUGAGGCUGGUACGGGAAGGUGAGCCUUGGACUGGGGGGAAGGCAAGACCUCGAGUUUAAGCCUAGUGUGUUCUGGAGGCUAGGUGCUGGCGUGGACUGGAGUGAAACGACUAUAAAUAGAGUUCUUUUUUUCUUAUGCUGGCAUGUGAUGUAUUAUUCUUGAAAUUUUUUAUGUCACCUACUUAAGUAGCUGUACCUGGGUAUCUUGUACCUAAGAUGGCACCAUAAGUAGCAACAUUGCAAAGUUUUCAGUUAGUCCAUCCAUCCCAUCCUUGUAAAACUCCCAAGUUUGUCAAAUGUGCUUUUCUCUUCAAAAAAAACAUGGUAACUCUUGAUUGGGAUUGUGUUUUAACUUUGCAGAUGCCCUGUUAUUACUUCCUUAAUGGAUUCCAACAAUUUCCUAGCAACCGUGUUAAACUAACCGGUUUGUUGUUGCCUACUUUCCGCCUCCCUCCUUUUUUGAGUGAGGCAUUGUAUUGGCACUUUUCCAAUCUAUUGGAACCCUUCCUGCAUCCAAGGAAUUUUUAGAAUAUUAUAAUGAGUGGAUCAACUAUCUCUGCUGCAAGUUCCUUUAAGACCAGAUCCUAGGAACUUGUCUGUCUUCAGUUCCAGUAGUUUACUCUAUACUUUUACAUUUAUGGUGAAUGUUUUAAAUUCCUCCCUUUCCGUAACACCUACAUUAUUGAAUGCCAUUGAGCAACCUGCCACUGGCUUUUGCAGUAUGGAAUGCCUUAAUUUUUCUCUGUUAUCUUUAACUUCUUUGCUUAGCCAUGGAUAUGUUUUUGCUCCCAUGACAAUUUUUCUUCCUUACUCCUCAUUUUAGUUGGGAAGAGUUGACUAUCUCCUUAAACAUCUGCCACUGUUCAUCAUACCUUCUAGUCUUUCUGCCCAGUCCAAAUCUUUCCUCAUGCGUAUGUAAUUGCCUUUGUUUAAAUCUACAAUUCCAGUGUGGAACUCUAAAUCUCACUUUUAAACUUAAUUUGAAGUUCUUGCAUGCUGAAUUCACUUUUUCUUUUUUACUAUGAGAUCAUUCAUUAAUCCUGUCAUUACACAAUACUGAAUCCCAAAUAGCCUGCUCCUUAGUUGCUUGUCCGACAUGUUGCUCUAAGAAACAAUCUCUCAGACAUUUAAUGAACUCUCCCUCAAGGCUACCCUUGCCAACUUUAUUAAUACUGUCUAUAUGCAAUAAAAUCACCUAAAUACACUCUGAAGCAGUUUCUCCUAUCUCAAUCUUUAAAUUAUUGACCCUUUUACUUAAUUCCAACCCCCACC